CUGUGUGGUGACGAGGUGUUUUUAACGGGAGAAAGCUACAGCACAGAUGUAAUUAUGUAAUGUGAAAAAAUGCACUUUUCACUUUUUCUUUUUGUUGCUUUUACUGUUCUGACCCCCGCUGUCUGACUAACUGAGGUCGUAGAUGUGAAGCUGAACUGUCGAUCCGGCGCCAACAGCAGCGUUUGUUUUAAUUUAUGGACAAAGACAAGUGUACCGACAUUCAUGGCCCGUGCUCCUGGGUGGAGAUGCAUCAGUUCAUCGGCGACCUCAUCGCGUCUGGCAACACCUCCAAGGAUCAGCCAGAUGUGCUAAACGCAGCGUGGGGCGUGGCUGCUGCUGCUGCUGCUGCUGCUGCUGGCGGUGGCGGUGGCGGUGCUGCUGCUGCUCUCGGGCUCAAGGGUGCUCCACUUGAGCCUCUACAAUAUGCUCCCCCUGCUCCUCCUCAGGACAAGACAGAGGCAGAGCCGGGCCAGCAUAUCCAGCUUGGGGCCACGCAGAGGAAGGGAGAGGCCAGAGACAGAAGAGAAGAUGUGCAUCAUGCCUGCACCUGCCCUGGCUGCCCUUACUCCACUUCCCCACCUUCCUUUGAGACUCUAAGACCCAGACAAUCUUUGUCCUCACUGCCGCGCUCAGACGCAGAGCGCCAGCCCAAAGACCUUAGCAGUUCUGCUCCAGUGAGCCUCAGCAUGUGCCUACCGGACACCACUGUUCAAAGCAGCAGCGCCACAGCUGAGUUAGAGACCAGGACGGCCAGGCGACUGCAGGGGGAGGAUGCAGACAGAGGGACUCAGAGCCCAGACCAGAAUUCAGAGGUUCCUCCAUCCAGAGCGUCCUCAGGCUCCUUGUCCAGUCUCACGAUGUUUCCCUGCUUGUGUUGCCACAGCGGCCUCCAGACCUGCACCCAGUCACUGAGCCACCAGGACAGCAUGGACUCCCCAUUUUCUCACACCCACGCCCAUCAUCAUUUUCAUCACCACCACUGCCCUAUUACCUCGUGUUUUACCUGCCCUCGGUUCGCCCACUCUCACUCGCCACAGCUCUCAGGGCCUUUUCCCUGCUUUUCUUGCCAGCGCUCCGUCCCUACCUGUUCUCAGGUCUGCCACCACCAGCAAAGACAAACACAGCAACAAGAGGAGAGGGGCAGGGCAGCUGCGACCCUGCUGUCGCUACAUCCCUGUAUGCACUGCUCUGCCUCCUUCUCAAGACCGUCCCAGCUGCUGCAGCACCAGCGCUCUGAGCACGCCCACAAACCGCCGGGCUUCCUCUGCACAGAGUGCGGCAGGGCCUUCAACUCGCACAGCAACCUCCGCAUCCAUCUCAAUGUGCACACUGGUGCCCGGCCCUACUCUUGCUCCGACUGCGGGAAGAGUUUUAGCCAGUCAGGGGCUCUGAAGAUCCACAGGCGGAUUCACACGGGGGAAAGGCCAUAUUCCUGUGGGUUCUGUGGCAGGGGGUUCCCCCAUCUAGCAGGGGUCCGGGCCCACCAGAGGACCCAUACUGGAGAGAAGCCCUACCGCUGCAGCCAGUGUGGGAAAUGUUUCACCCAAUCGGGAGCUUUGAAGAUCCAUACCUGGAUCCACACGGGAGAGAGGCCCUUUAUCUGCAGCCUCUGUGGGAAAGGCUUCUCCAACCGCUCCGGGAUCCGCUUCCACUGCCGCACAGUCCAUGGGCUGGCUUCCGAACAUGCGGGAGAAGCUGGAGCUGGGAGUGCAUAUCGUGGAGCAGCAGGCCGUGGUUAUCCACUGGGGCAUCCCAGGACUUUUCCUCCUGCCAGCGUUGGCCUAAAUACACUUAACAGCCCAGAUAGCGGCUCCCAUACAGCUCCAAAUUCCACAGAUUCUCCUGCAUCAACCGCUGCUCAGUCUGAGGCAGGAAACCCUGGCAGUAACAGAGAGGGGCUUCUGUAUGCAUGCGAAGACUGUGGCCUGCGUUUUAAAGAUGCUCCGUCCAGGAACAGACACCAGACUCUGGUGCACUACUCCUCUGAGGGGAGAGACGAGGACGAGGAGGAGGGGGAGGGCGGGGGCAGAGGAAAGAGUUAAGCACAAAUGAGAGGGUCCAGGGUAACAGCGGAGAGGGAAUUAAUGUCAUUGGUACAUUACAACAUUAAAACAAGUUAUUAGUUCUUUAGCCUCUAAUUGAUAUAAAAAUGAUUUGAUAGAAGUUCAUAUCUCAGAAUGGUUGACAUUUUAUAUUAGUGACGUAUCCAGUUGUCCGUUUGUGCAGUUUCAUCACUGCUACUGGCUUUAAGUCUAUCUUGAAACAAUUUUAAGCACGUCACUGCUGCAAUCACACACACACCAGGCCAACUUCUGAAGUAUUUUCAGUUGUUUUAUUGUGCCUUAUUCAGCAGUGGAAGAAGUUCUCCUUGUUGUAUUAAAGCGAAUAAAUCGCUAAACGUGGCAGCACAAAACUUGUCAAAGAAUUCCCAGAAAUGUACAUUUUUGAGGGUCUUUUAGUAACAGUUUUAAAUAUAGUGGAGGACUAUCUCUACCACCUGAACUUUAUCAUACAAAUUAGGAAAAAAGUACAAUUUUCUAUCUUA